AUGCUGCUGGGAGUGUUCGACGGCCAUGCGCGCGUGCUGUGCCUCGCGCUGAGUGAGAGGUUGUUCUACUACGUAGCCAUGUCCUUGAUGCCCCAUGAGACCCUGUGUGAGCUGGAGUCGGCAGUAGAGGCAGGCAGACCCCUCAGCCCCAUCCUGCAGUGGCACAAACACCCCAACGACUACUUCACCAGGGAAGCACAGACUAUGUACUUCAACAGCCUCAGAACCUACUGGCAGGAACUCAUAGACCUCAGCAGUCCAGGGGAGAGCCUAGGGCCCAGAGAGGCGUUGCUGAGUGCCUUUAAGAGACUGGACAGUGACCUGUCUCUGGAGGCUCAGGUGGGAGAUGCCAAUUCCUUCCUCCACUACUGGUUUCUGAGAGUGGCCUUCUCUGGAGCGACUGCCUGCGUAGCUCACAUCGAUGGUCCGACCUGUACGUACUCUAGUCCACAGCCACGGAUCUCUCUGUUGCGAAACGGGCGACGGCCGGGCGGUGCUGGGGUCCAGGAGGAGGACGGCUCGUUCAGCGCUCACACGCUCUCCAACGACCACAACGCCCAGAAUGAGAACGAGGUGGCCCGCAUCCAGGGGGAGCACCCCCCCUCUGAGAAGAAGACUGUCGUACGACAGGUGUAG